CAAUAGACUCUUCAAUAAAUAAUGACUAGAACUUCCGUAUUAGCUGACGCCUUGAACGCCAUCAACAACGCCGAAAAGACCGGUAAGCGUCAAGUUUUGAUUAGACCUUCUUCCAAGGUUAUUGUCAAGUUCUUGACUGUUAUGCAAAAGCAUGGUUACAUUGGUGAAUUCGAAUACAUUGAUGACCACAGAUCCGGUAAGAUCGUCGUUCAAUUGAACGGUAGAUUGAACAAGUGUGGUGUUAUCUCCCCAAGAUUUAACGUCAAGAUUGGUGACAUUGAAAGAUGGACUGACAACUUGUUGCCAGCCAGACAAUUCGGUUUCGUUAUCUUGACCACUUCUGCUGGUAUUAUGGACCACGAAGAAGCCAGAAGAAAGCACGUCUCUGGUAAGAUUUUGGGUUUCGUAUAUUAGGUAGGAUUUGUUUAUAAUUAAAAAUAAAAGUAAUAGGAUUGGAG